UACAUUUCAAAAUAUUAGAAUUUGGAUAUAUGACAACCUUCAUGCUAUGAUUCAAGUUUUUAAUCAAAAUCGUUUUUCGCUUAAUGCACAGGCAAGAAUUAUUGAAGAAAAUAUUAUUGCUUUUUUUAUUUGCUCAAUUUAGCUACUCUAAAUUAUCUGCGUCUCGUUGGAUUAUUUUUCAUAACUUAACUCAGAUGAACUAUAUCACUUCAUCAUUCAGUCAAUGUGAAAUUUAUUUCAUGUGCAAUGGGAAACCAUCGCAUUUCGUUAGAUUUGUGAGUGAAUUUUUGAAUCGGAAAUGUUUGAAAUAUUCCUCCCAUCGAUGGAUAGAGCGCAGACUUGUAUCGUAUUUUUGGCCGUCAUUCUCCAGGCCUGUCGAUCUCUUUUUC